AUGGAUCACGACUAUCCUACUACUACUUCUAGUGCAGACCCAGCUGAUUUAAGACAUACGCCUAGAUGUGAGAGCUGUCCAGGGGCAUUUAGUUUCGAGGGUCAGGUCAGAAACCCAAGAGUGAGUAAUAAAAGCGAUUUUCAUAUUGAUUAUUGUGCUCAUCCUGAUUGCUCUUUGAAAAAUCAACACACGAUGUGUGUAGCUAGAAACAAACACAGUCCACGACUGUUCGCUUCAGGCAUGACUACAUGGAUGAAGUAUCAGAUACUUCAAUUACACAAUAGACACAGAGACAACGUAGCGAUGGGUCUCGAAGCAGGACAACCACCGGCUGCGAACAUGCGUAAGAUGUACUGGGAUUAUGAACUCGAGGAAAUGGCGGAGAUAUGGGCGCGGCAGUGUCAAAAACGACAUGAUGAAUGUAGGAAUACAAUACGAUUUAACGUUAUACAGAAUAUGGAUGUGCGACCGAUAGCUCCACGUGUAACAGAGGCUCAAAUUUUAGCGGACACUGUCGGUGCAUGGUUCUCAGGGUCUAGGACUUUGCCACCGGAAUAUGUCUGGUCCUUCAGACCUACCAACUGUAGCGCCCCAGGAGGAUGCAACGCCCACUGGUAUUCGGCCGCGGCAUGGGCAUCAACUUGGCGGAUAGGUUGCUCGCAAGCUUUAUGCACUGUGAGACAGAGCUCAUGCAGUUUAUUCCGUAAGAGGAGAACUUUGCAAACUCAAGUUAGAAAUGCGACAGAUGCAUCUGUGCGGACCAGUACAAAGGAAAAUAUAUUGCGUCGAACUAAGUACAUGACUACGGCCAGUUCAUCGCGUUUAGAAGACUUUGGGACUACAGGGAAAAAGGACGACAGGGAGUCUCCUCUAUAUCGUGGAUAUUUGAAGUUGGAUAAAAAUCAAAAAAUAAAUGAACCAAAUAUCAUGGCUUACAUAUUUUGCAACUACGGGCCUGCGGGAAAUAUUGAUGGCUUUCCAAUAUACGAACCCGGUGUCACUUGCAGCAACUGUCCCUAUGGUACCAUAUGUGGAGUUGGAACUCAUAGAGCUUUAUGUUCACUUGUAGGCGAUCCUGACAAUAAAGAGUGA